AUGGAUUGCGCCCUGCCUCCUGAUCUAGAGGUGCCCAACAGUCACUAUACGGUGAGGGGUGAGGAGUCAGACAGCGAGGGUUGGUACCUUCCAGGUGCUGUCUUGGAGUACACAUGUGAUACAGGUUACAUCAUGCAAGGGGGCGUGUCUACAAGACAGUGUCAGAGUGGACACUGGGUGGGAGAGAAACCUCAGUGUGUUGAGCAAGCCUCCUGCGAUGACCCUGGCUGGCCAGUGAAUUCUCAGAGAUGCUGCCAGUAUAUCUUCUAUGUCGGUGUAAAGCUAAGUUUCUACUGCAAUGAGGGUUAUAACAUCAGUGGAAGUGAUGAAAGGACAUGUCUCUCCAACGGUCAGUGGUCUGGGGUCCAGCCGGUCUGUAAUGAGAUUACCGUACCUCCAACACCAGAGGACAGCAGUAUGUUUAACACAGAAACAUUGACCAUUGUCAUGGCAACCACUGGCUCGAUCCUUGGCAUCCUGGUUGUCACUGUAAUUCUGACAAGUCGUCAGUGUCGGUCCCGUCGUCAUCGUGUGCCCCAAAACUACCCUCCAGUAUUGCGUGCCCAGCUUGCGAGGCUACAUCGUGACCCAGACGCCCUGGCUCUCCUUGCAGUGACGGAUGAUAUUGGCGUUGUUUUGCCAUCAUAUGACGAGGCGGUAGCCCAGAUCCAGACUGCCCAUGUUCCACCAUUCCAAACUCCCUCAACUGAGGGUGAUGACUCAAAUGCAAAUGAUGGUGGGGAGAACCGUUCUUCGGUGCAGGGGAGGCCUCUUCCUCCCAUACCGCCUCCGCUACCACAUCAAGGCUCAUCAACAAGAUCAGGACGGUCAAGACGACAGCGCCGUGCAGGUCGUCAGCAGACUCCUCCAUCCCCGUCUCCACCUGCAUACGAGCAACAUGAGGAGCCUCUGGAUGUUGCAAAUGCGGUCCAGGGAGAAAGCCCUCCAGCGGAGGACAGUCAGGCCAGGAGAGGUGAGGAGGAAAUGAUGGAUGGUGGAGGACCAACCCAUAGUAUGGUUGGUAAUGAUCUCUAUGCUGAGGUUCCUCAGAGAAGAGCCGAGCCACAAGGAGAUGAUGCACAUCAUACGGAUGAUAAUACUAAUCAAGUGGAAAGCUAAGAGAGGUGUAUGCUGGUGCCUGCUGCUGUUGUACAGAAAUCCUAUAGUACUAUAGAUACCAAUUAAAUUUUACAUAUUAAUUUUAUUAUCUUUUCCAGAGCUACAUUUAUUGGCUCAAACGUUGUAGUAUUAUGAAGUAUUGUGUCUCCACUACCCGAAGGUGGUCACCAAGAUCAUGUUUGUGAGUUGUCUGUCCUGCAAGUUUUAAGUAGUUAAAAAGAAAUAUGAGGUACAUAUUUAAUAGUAAUAAUAAUAAUAAUUAUUGUUAUUAUUGUUACAAUUAUUUUUUUUUUUUUUCAUUAUUAUUAUUUUAAUUAUUAUCAUUAUUAUCAGGUAUAUAUUUCAAUUAUAUCACGAUGGCAGAGGCAUAAUUUGACAGCUUGUGGCUGAGAAUCCAUCUAUAUAUACGACUUUGUAAACAUUGAUUUAAUUAAGAGUAGAUAUUUCAAUUGGGCCAGUACUUAUCCAAUGAAAUCAGAUUUUCAUUAAUGUGCAGAAAUAGUGUCCCCGCUUAUCUUUUAUUGGGAUGGCUGUUUCAGAAAUUGCUGAUGACUGAAAAAAAAACAGGCUUAUGUGCUGAAUUUCAUUUCAACAUAAUAUAGACGCUUUUAGGAGCAGUAUAUACAAAAAUAAAAAGAAAAAUACAAAUAUCUUGUUCAUUAGUGCUUACCUUACCUAUUCCAUCCCCACGACAUUAAUAAUAAGUUCAUCCUUUUUUAAGUUGCUUUCAAGCAAACAUGUUACCUAGCUGACCUUUCAAAAUGUAUGCUGUACUAAUCUAAAAAGUACAGAGUAUCCUGAUGAUUGAUAUUUUGAUGAAUGUUUACAUUAAUAAUGUAUCUCAAUUAUGUUUGUGCUUGGAAAAUGAAAGCAAUCUGCUAUCGAUUACUAAGACUGAGCUACAAUGGGAGUAAGUAGCCACGGGGACUCUUUUCGCCCUAGACCUUUACGCAGCGAAAACAAUGGCAUUGGCUGCCGAUCAAUCGAUCUUGAUCCUCACAUGAAAAGUCCUUUGAGCUAAGGAAAAUAAGAGCAUGUGUUUCGAGCCAGUGGCAUAAAGGUUUGUGUAUAGAAUGUAUAUCUUCUGCAGUUAACAACAGAGAGUGGUCAAAAUCAUAUUAUAUAUAUAUAUAUUCGGUCUUGCUGAUUUUGUGAUGAUCAUUAUCUUGAGCAGGUGGUGAGGUGAGAAUUCUGGGAAGUUUCCUUGGCAUUGUGAUUAGUUGAAAUAUCUAACCCAUGUAGCACACAAAAUUUAAAUCGGUGAUUUUAAAUUACCAGAAAUCUGUGAAUAGAUUAAGUGCUUCCUAGAUUAAAUCUUCUCUAAAUUUAAUAGUAGUUUUGCUAUACUUUUUUGCUCAAAUUUUAUUUGAAUUCUACCAUACCUUUUUGUUUAUUGAAUGGACUGUUUCUCAAAUUUUUCUUCACUUGCACCAUACCAAUUUUGUAAACAGUGUCUCUUUAUCAAUGGUUCUCUAAAGUUUUCCUUAAAAGGUACUAUACUCUAUGUCUCUUCAAUAUUUGUCUCGUCUGAACAAAGUUCGACAGAGGCCUAGUAGCCACUUUUCGUGUGUUGGUCUGUUAGUCUAUUACAAAAAUGUUUUUUUUUUUGUUUGACUUGCCCUCAUUUCGUUAUUUCUGCAUCAUUUGUGUUCAGACUUGGUACAUAUGAUCCUUGGGUAAUACCACAUGUGUGUCGAUGGGGUCAAAGGUCAUCUGAGGGUCACAAGGUCAAAUGAUAUGAGGUCAUGUUUAUCUUUUUUCAAGUUUUUGUUCAACUUGCUCUCAUUUCUUUAUAUCUGCAUCAAGUGAGUUUAUACUUGGUACAAAUGAUCUUUGGGUAAUACCACACAUAUGUUCUUGAGGAUGAUAAGGUCAAAGGUCAUCAAGGGGUCGAAAGAUCAUAUUGCAUAUUUCAUUGAUCACGAAAUCAGGCGAGACUUGUGAUUCAUGAACCACCUUAUCUUUAUUAACCUCCUGCUUGGUUUAAACAAUUCUAGUUAUAUCAUCACAACUGAAUGGAAACAACACCUAUAACUGAGUUUGAAAUUCCCCAAUAAUGAGAAAAUUAUUGGGAGGUUUGAUUGAAACUGGUCGAUUAAAAAAGAAAAAUUUCAAGGAGGAGGAGGCAUCGUAUUGAAAUUUAUAGUGGUAGAUUUAUUGUAUUAGAACAGUCAAGUGAUACAUAAGCUACCCUACAGAGAGUUUUGCAGCUGAUUUAGCAUCCCCCUGGAAGUGCACUUAUUUUAUGGGAUGGUUCAUCAUUUUAGGGGGUUUUAAACUUCUGAAUACAAGCAAUGAAUUGAUAUCAUGAACAUGAUGGCUGAAGCUAAACCUAGAUAAAUCCACCUGAUCAUGUAAAGGAUAUCCUCAAUUUCCCGUAAAAGUAAUUGACUUGUAUAAUGCUGAGUAAAGUAAUUAGAUAUUAGUUUAAAUACUCUUUAACAGUAUAGACAUUUUAUUCAGGUGUUUCAUGCAUUAUAUUUUUCGGGCAGCUUCAAUAUUAAAAGUAUUGAGGGAUUUUGUUUACUUCCCAACUAAUUAAAGGAGAAUGAAACCCUUGAAACUAGCUGAAUCCAUAUCAAAGAGAAAAAUCAAAGAAACAUAUUGUUGAAAGUUUGAGGAAGAUUGAAUGAAUAAUAAGAAAGUUAUGAGCAUUUGAAUAUUGAGAUCACUAGUGCCAUGUAGAUCCUCCCAUCGGCAAUGCGACCAAGAUCUGUGAUAUCACACACGUACAACUCCCUCAUUACUUUAAUACUUAUUUCACUUAUAUUCUCACUUUUAUAGAGUCUAUCACAAGGUUAGGUGUUUUCUUUAUGAGAUGACAAGUACAGAGGUUUCACAACAUUAUAUCAUUGAUGAAUCGUUUGUCAUAUGAUUAGAAUGAGCAAAAAGAGAUGUUUUGGGGUAUAUUUUCAGUGUCCGAAUGGGAGAGUUGUACGUGUGUGACAUCACAGAUCUUGGUCGCAUUGCCAAUGGGAGGAUCUCCAUAGCAUUAGUGAUCUCGACAUUCAAAUGCUCAUAACUCUUUUAUUGCUAGUCCUAUUUUACUCAAAGUUUUGUUGAUCUUAUUCUUUGAUUUUUCUGCUUUCACAAAAGCUAACUUGCUCCAAGAGUUUCAUUCUCCUUUAACAAUUGCUGCACAUACAUAUAUCCAUUGGAAAUAUGUUUUUAACCAUUUUCAUGUUAUUCACAUUUUACUGUUAUAGCUUUCUUAUUACAUAAUUAUCUGCUAUUGGACAGGAACAUAAUGUUUGCUAAUUAAUAUAAAUUACUAUAAAGCAAAAUAUAGAAAUAUACAUAUGUAUAGUUUUAAAUUGUUCUUAAAUUCAUCAGAUUUCCUUCUUAAACAUUUUUUUUUCUGGUUUUGGCACCAUAAUUGCUUUGUAGCCUACCAUCAGAGGCAUACAUGUCAAAUUGGCUACUCAUAUCACUUGGCAAACUUGUGAAUGCAGUCAUUUUGCUUUAUAUUACAUUGGUUUUGAUAGUGCAAGUUUUGUUAACUCUGAAAUAUGUUAUGUUAUUCUUUGUUUAUCAUAAUUUUAGGCACUAAAUAUGCUGAAGUUCCAUGUCUUUAUUUGCAUUAUCACUUUUAUGAAACUCAUUGAUGCAUAUAUUUUUAUAGCACUUUAAAGAUUAUAGAGAAGGGAUUCUCAUGGAUGUUUUGUUUGUUUGAUUGUUUCUUUUGUAGUUGUUUUCUUAUGUAGGUGUAUUACGUUUCUUAUAUAUUAAAAUGAAUAUGACAAGGGUUAAAGAAAAUUAGGCUUUUCUUGACAGAAUCCAUUUUGAAUAAGUACCUAUUCUCGUUGUGUAAUUAUUUGUCCUUUAUCCUCUUGUAUCAAUAGAUAUUGAGAGAUACACGGGCAUUGACAGUGAAGAGACAAUGUGAAAAGCGAAAAGAGGCUAAUAAAACAAUAAAUUCAUUCCUAGCACGUUAUGUGACAAUCACUCCUUCUGAUCGUCACACAGGCUCCUCACCGUGACCAUUUUAGGGGCUAUCUUCAACCCUUGUGUGUAUGGCCAUUAUGCAGCUGAGUAAACUGAACAUAGUGAUCGAUUUGGAUGUGCUGAGCAACCGGCUAUAAGCUCUUUUGAUCACUUCAAGUUGGGUUAUAUCAUUGAUUGAGAUUUAGAAGGACGUGAACUAUAUCUCCAGAGAAUAAAUGUCCUUGCCAUUCUCAGAUGCUUUUAACAGAUUUCUGUUAAGAUUUAAUUGCUCUAAAAUCCAAAUGCAAAGAAGGACUUAAUGUCAUUUUGUUUACCCAGGCAAUAUAUUUCUGAGAGCUACAUCCAAUAAAAAAAAAGAGUGUAAUGAAAGUGAUUUCAUCUUUAUUGUUAUUUCUUUGACUCGGGAGCUAAGAAUUUUGGUGUGAUUGCCUAUAGGACAUUACUGUCAUUUAAGUUAUAUAUUCUGGUUGAUUCUUUUUUUUUUUUAAUGUAUCUUUCUUUUCUUUAGAGAAAGUGAUGGUAAUCAAAAUUAUAUUUAAUCCGGAUGAAAAAAACUCUGUCAGUAUGAUGCAUAUAUUUAAAUCAGAGCCAAGAGAGAGGGGAUUCUUAAACCCCUACCCAUGGUCACAGAAAGUAAUUCAGAGACUAGCUUGCUGUCGACUAAGCCUCACAAUUUGACAAGAAAUAUGUUCCAGGGGCUGCGGAAUGGUUUUGAAAGGGGGGGGGCUGAUCAAGCAAAAAAUCACAAUCAGAUGGUCCUUUUUACGUUUUUGUACACGUACGGUUUUGGCCCCAGUGCUCUGUGGACAUAAGAGUGACUGAAUAUAAAUUACUGAUAAGAAAUAGUGUACAAGGGACAAAGAGUUUGUACGAAUUAUAAUUAUCAAUGAAGCAACCAGUUAUGAACUGAAUGGCCCACAUUUGCAAAGAAAGACAUUUAUUUUGAAGUCUGUCUACAGCUUUGGUGAAGGAACAGUAUUGUGAACUAUAGUACAGAGUACUAUCGAACAUAAUAUAUUACAAUAGCAAAUUAGUCAAUGAGUGCAUGAUUUAACCAUUAAAAAUUACAUAUGGCAUUUUUCUGGCUGUUAAAUUAGCUCCCUCUGUCUGUAAUGUUUUUACUUUUAUUUCAAAUAGCCAUUUAGAAAGCUACUGACAAAGUUUAUAUCCUGAAAUUUCCAACCCAUUGCAUGCUUGAAAACAAGUAAAUAUACACAGAUAGCUAUUUUGAUUGGGCGCCUGAUUAAAUCAAAUAUCUGAUGCAAAAUCAGUCAAUUUAUGCAAUAAGACACAGUUUUGGUUUAUAUCCUUCAUAACACAGCCAUUUUAGGGCAUAUGAUUUAAUAUUAUAAUAUUGUCAUAAAAUUGAAUUUGGACAUUAAUUUUUUUUUUUUGGGGGGGGGGAUUUAUCAAAACUAAAGAUGGGCUUUAAGCAUGUAUAAGCAAUGUGUGCUUAUAAUACUUCCUCUUGUAUAUCUUUUGUGUAUUUUUACCAGUACAUUUAAUUUUUAUUGUUAGAUAUGUAUUGCUGGAUGCAAUGUGAGAUGUGAUUAAUAUUUUAUGAUUUUUCAUAAUAUGUUAUUUUAGCCAGAGUACUUGAUUGUUGAAACCUUCAUAUUUGGAGGAAAAUAAAUCAUUUUAUAAAGAA